AUGGAUGAAAUUCUCGUUCAUGUCACGGCCCCCAGUUCCGUGAGAGACGACGCACGCUACCGGGCCCAAGUGGCCGCUAUCCUGAGCUUCCAAUGUGCCUCGCGCCACCCAAUCUCAGGCACGGAGGCAGAUAUCAGGGAUCAUCACUCGCAUCAAGUAUCCGCCUUGGAUCUCCUCCCUAAGUCCCCUAAGUCAACUAUCCAACACGAGGCCUCCCCAAUAUUCCGGGAGGCGUCCCGACCCGCAUGGGAGAUAUUCCCAGAUCGUCACUCGGUCCCUGAGGGUGAGCGCGACAAUGAUCUACAAAACCCGGGCGAUCAUCACAUCCCUGGUCGAGACCUCGACUCGCUCGAGAGUCUCAUCAGUGUGAUUCCAGAUUCUCAGCCUGAGAUCGUCGCUCCAGAUCCAGAUCCCGAUGAACUAUUUGGCUCGGGUCCGGCUUUUGCAGAAAUAUUGUCUCCGCUGCAGGCUUACCCACUCUCCAAAAGGCGUUGCAUACAGCCACAGACUCACACACAGACACAGACCCUUGAUGUACAGGACCAUGUUGCGCAAGUCCAUGUCUCUCCUGCAGCUGAAUCUGAUAUCACACGUCGGGAUUCCCACUCUGCAACGGAUCCGCCCGCUGAUAUCGAUAUCCACGCUGUGCAACAUGUACAUGUCGCCAUAGGAGAUGCUCUCAAUCCCAUCCCUAUAUCGAGUUCGAUUGAGGAGUCGACUUGCGACGAGAGCAAUGACUCUCCUAUACCGACUUCUGUUAUGCCACUUCCAAAACCCCUGACUCUCACAUCCACUACCACUACUUCUACCACUACCACUACCGCUACUCCUUCCACUACCACUCUCCCUCUCCAUCAUCCUCCCACCGUCAACCUCACAACCCUCCCUCUUGAAAUCCACGCCCCCCAACCUCCAAUAUCAACAGCCCCCUUCACAACACAUAUAACACCAACCCUAUGCAUGCUCACGGACCGUCUCAGGCCAGAGCGUACUUAUAAGCCAACCCAUCAAACAAGGGAUCUGGAUCCCCUGGAACGCGGGCAUUGGUUUAUACAGUUCAACAUUGAUUCAUCCCAAACCCAACACCCAAGCACAACCUCAAAAGAACAAGAACAAGAACAAGAACGAGAACGGGAAAAGCAAAAAGAAAAAGAAGAAACCUGGCCCUCCCCCUCCUUCCACACAUUCUGGACCUUCCUCACAGACUUCAUCUCAAAAGAUGGUCGAGCAGGCUGGGGCGUAUGGUGUAUCCUAGAACGAUCUCCUCCGGCGAGAGGAGGUGGAUCGACAAUUCCACCGAACUCGGGCAUGACAGAACCUAUAGAUGCCUCCGUCCCUGUUUCACUCAAGGUAUAUGCAUGGGGCGAAGUCGCCAUGCAUAUUUACCUUCUUCUGUUUCUUGCUAGUGAGCGAAGGAUUCGGGGGAUGGGGGUUCAGUGGAGGGAUGCUGGGGAGGAUGUCGUUAUUCAGAUGCCCUAA